CAAAUGAAUACUAAUAUGGCAAAGAAUACUAAUAUGGCAUGCAUUAAAAAAAAACCAAUGAAAAUGAUAUCUGCUGAGGAACUAGAAGAAGAGAGUUUAAAAAAAAUUCCAAAUAUGGACUUAGCACAGUCUUUGUUUUUAUUGCAAUGUAAAUUUUCUUCUCUAAUAGAAAAAAAAGAUGCACAGGAAUUUCUUGAAAAAGAAAUCAUGGAGAAAAAUAUGGGCCCUUUUUACAAAUAUGUUUGCCAGCAACUUCAAUGGACAGUUGACAAAGAAAAACUUGAAAAAAUGGAAGAGAUAAAUAAACAAGUUGUUGAACAACUUGAUGAAAAGAUUAAAGAUGCUGAAGACAAUCUUGGUGAAACAGAAAUCCGAGGAAGUUACUUAAAUAAAGCAGAGCAUUACAUUCUUAUUGGAGAUAAGGAAAAUGCCUUAUCAGCUCUGCGAAAAUCUUAUGAAAAGACAUCAAUGUUAGGUCACAAACUUGACAAUGUUUUUCAACAAAUUCGAGUUGGUUUUUUUUUCAUGGACAAUGAUGUCAUAACAAGAAAUUUAGAAAAAGCAACCAGCUUGAUAGAAGAAGGAGGUGAUUGGGACCGCCGAAAUCGUCUAAAAGUGUACAAAGGUUACUACUCACUUACUGUACGAGACUUUAAGACUGCUUCUUUGAAUUUCCUUGAAAGUAUUUCGACAUUUACUUCAUACGAGCUUAUGAGCUACAAAAAGUUUGUUGAGUAUACAGUCCUUCUAUCAAUUAUUUCAUUAAAAAGAGCUGAGCUUGGUAAAAAGGUGAUUAAAUGUUCAGAAAUUUUAGAAAAUCUUCACAACCUUCCAGUUAUUCGCAAAUAUCUUAAUUCGCUUUAUGAAUGCCAAUACAAAGAUUUUUUUAUUGUAUUAGUUGAAAUUGAAAGGUACCUCCAAUGCGAUAGGUUACUAUUUAAUCAUGUGACUUAUUAUAUCAGAGAAAUGAGAAUCAUAGCUUAUGCACAGUUACUAGAAUCAUAUCAAAGUUUAACUCUACAAUAUAUGGGUGAUGCAUUUGGCGUUUCCUCUGACUUUAUUGAUAAGGAACUUUCUCGUUUCAUUUCUGCAGGACGCUUGAAUUGUAAAAUAGAUAAGGUUGGAGGAAUUGUUGAAACAAAUAGACCUGAUUCAAAGAACCAUCAAUAUCAGGCUGUCAUAAAGCAAGGUGACGCCCUUCUAAACAGAAUUCAAAAGUUAAGCCGGGUGAUUACUAUAUAGUCCGAAUAUCCGUGUUAUCAGUUUCAAAAAAUUAUUUAGUAUAUGAUGAAAGAAUGUUAAUGUA